AACCAGAUCAAGACAGCUCUCGUCAAUUUAUAUCUGCUGUUACUAAAGUUGAUAGCAUAUAUUCACCAUUGGAUCAAGUGGUUGUAUCAUCAGAAAAUUAUGAAAUCAUUGAUGUGGAUAAUUUCUGCCCUGUGGAUCGGUUCAAAAGGAAAAAAUUCAUUAAAGAGUUACGAUUAUCAAAGUCGGUUAUGCUUUAUAGACUUUCCUUUGGUGGUAGUGUUGGGACUCUGAACUUUGUUUGGAGGGUACCUGAUGAAGAUUCCCCAGAAAGGUCCACACAAAAUUCUCGAUUGGAGGGGAAAAUAUUGAAGAGUCUUCCAAAGUUUUCAACUCGUGCUAUGCGCAGAGAAUUCAUAAACAAGUAUGAGAAAUAUGUUAAAGCGCCAAAAUCAGUACUGCGUCAGAUGUACCAUGAAUUAACAGACACAGAGGAAGUGUCUGGUAAUAAAGCCCAGCAAGAAGUAAAUAAUCGUGCAAUGGAAAUACUGUUAAAUGGUGGUGAUACUGACCUUUUGUUUGACUUAAGAACAAUGCGAGGGAAAGAUAUUGACACAAAAUUUGGGAUCUUUUUUGAAGAAAUGGGGAAAUAUUUUGAUGAAAAACUGUUAGCAGUACAAGAGAGAUGCCAUGGAAAUGAACUUUAUUUACCCCUUGCUAUAUCAAUUGAAGACCUCAUGAAUGAAGUCAAAGAGAGAAUUCCAGAAGGGACACCUGUACCAUGUGCAGAAACUGUGCGCCUCCAGUUUACCCCGCAGAAUCUGUUUAGACAAACUGCUUUAAAAUAUACAGGGCAUUUUAACAUCAAGUUCAGAGUUCAAACUCGUCAAUCAAGAGUAGACCACAUUGAUGCAAAAUAUGUUGCUGUGACAUUUAGGUACCUGAAGGAAUUUCUUGUUCAGUACAAACAACAUGCCCUUUUUGUAUGCAUGGAUGAUAAAGCAACUGUGCCAGUAGGAGAACCAGGGAUUCCAAUAUCUACUGGUGUCAGAGGCCACAACAAAGUGAUGGCUCCAGCAGAUGGGCCAGCUCUUACAUGUACAGACCAUGACUUCCAUAUUGCUGGGAUUAUCCCAUCUGUUGCCUUAGUGGUGAGACACCUGAAUUUCCUGAGGAUAGCUUUUUCCAAGGAAAGAUGUUUGUCACUACAUGUAUUAAAGACAAAAUUUUUCAACAUUCUACACCCUACAGGGUUUUGCUUAAGAUUUUAAGGAAUAAUUAUUCUGAUAAUGAUGUGGACUUGAAUGUUCCUAUUUUGUGUUUGAUGACGGAUGGAUGGCCGGAUCAUAGAUUGACAUAUGAAACUGUGAAAACUUCUUUGCUUCUUCUUCUCCUGCAGCUGGACUUGGAUAUGAUAAUUGCUAUUAGAACAGCGCCAAAUAACAGUUGGGUUAAUCCAGCAGAACGCUGCAUGUCUAUUCUUAAUUUAGCUCUCCAGCAUAGUGUUCUUGCUCGAGAUGAAAUGACCCCCGAGUUUGAGAAAAUGGUGAAACAUAGUAGUUCUUUGAAUGCUAAUAUGGCCAACUGUAAACCAGGCCUUAGAGAGGCAUACCUGGAGAGUAUGACUCAAGUGAUUCACACGGUGGGAAAGCGAUUUGAAAGAAUGAAACUUAAAGGAGAACCACUUGAAGUCUCUACUGGACUCAAAGAAUCUGUUAUACAGAGACGAAUGCGGAUUGUGAACGAAGUUACACAUGCACCAAAUUCUAAAGUCAACACCUCUGCAUCAACAAAGGAACUUCGAGAAUGUACAGAGCUUCAAGAUUUCCUACAGAUGCAUUGUAUCAGCACCCACUACUGUUUCCAGAUAAUGAAGUGUGUAGGAGAGAAUCCUUGUUCAUACUGCACCAUGAAUCCAGCCAGACUACCUGAUGAUGUACUUAGUGGUCUCUCAUUUCUUCCAUGUCCAGUACCAGAUGACAGUGGUGUUCAUUAUAAAACUUUUCAAGAGGUGUAUGGAAAGACGGUGGAUGACAGUCACUGUCCAUCAUCCAAACAGAAUUCAGACUUCAGUGAGGAGGCACAGAAUGCAGAUAAACAGAACCGUGAUACAUUAAAAACGCAGAGAGCAAGAGAUAUCAUCCCCUGUGGUGAAUGCGGAAAACCCAGACUAUUGUUUUCCCCAUCCAAAACUGUCAAUUAUCAUACAGGAAAUUUCCUUACGAAGAAUGAAGGAGGAAGGUGCUUUUACAUGUGGUGAUGAUGUUGACAUUGAAGGAUUUGUUGUUCGGAGAUCCAUCUCUUGCAAUUCGAGCAUAGAGAUAUCAUAUUAUUCUGCAAAUCUUAGAAAUUUUUUGCCACCUGUGUGCCUCUACUGUGGAACAGAAGAUAAUCUGUUGGAUGACAAUGACGACUACAUUGUACAUUGUUAUGAGAACUAUUCAAUUGUCAGGCCCAUCUGUAGGCAAUGCAGGUCCUCUGGACGUGAGGCAGGGA